CUCCAGCGGACCGCACUGCGCAUGCUCGUCGCCACCAUUUUGCCGUUGAGUGUUGUGUCGGGGGCUCGUUCACCGGGGCGGGGGAGGCUGAGGAAUCCGGGCCCGGGAGAGCCGCUGAGUGUCACUGCAGCCAGGCCAGCGCCACAUCCAUUGACAGGCCGGCGAGAGCAGAGAACGGAGCAGACAUGGCAAAUAUCGCCGCACAGAGAAUCAAGAGGGAGUUCAAAGAGGUGCUGAAAAGCGAGGAGACUAGCAAAAACCAAAUUAAAGUAGACCUGGUAGAUGAGAAUUUCUCUGAACUAAGAGGUGAAAUUGCUGGCCCUCCCGAUACGCCAUAUGAAGGUGGACGAUACCAGCUAGAAAUCAAAAUACCAGAAACAUACCCCUUUAAUCCCCCUAAGGUGCGGUUUAUUACAAAAAUCUGGCAUCCGAAUAUUAGUUCAGUAACUGGAGCGAUAUGUUUGGACAUUUUGAAAGACCAGUGGGCGGCAGCCAUGACGUUACGAACAGUGUUGUUAUCAUUACAAGCGCUGCUGGCUGCAGCAGAACCAGAUGAUCCACAGGAUGCAGUGGUUGCCAAUCAGUACAAGCAAAAUCCAGACAUGUUUAAACAGACAGCUCGGCUUUGGGCACAUGUAUAUGCAGGAGCACCUGUCACUAGUCCAGAAUACACAAGAAAAAUAGAAAACCUUUGUGCUAUGGGUUUUGAUAAAAAUGCAGUAAUAGCAGCUUUGUCAUCAAAAGCAUGGGACGUAGAAACUGCAACAGAAUUACUCCUGAGUAACUGAGAGAGGUCACCUGAUCCUGCUCGCCCCUUCCCAAACAGCACGCCAUCUGUUAUUUUUAGGAUUCUGCAUCAAAGGAAAAUCCACAACACAAAACGGCACUCCUGCGUGACAAUGCUAUUUAAACCGUUCUGGAGACUGAUGGGAAAAGAAACUGCUCUGUAAAUAAGGCAAAUUAAAUGUGUAAAUUAAACAACAACCAAACGGAGGGGAGGGGGGGGUGAGCAUCCUUUAGUUUUUUUUUUUUCGUUAAUAUUGUAAAAAACAAAAAACAAAAAAAAACUGAAAGAAAGAAAUCUCGGAGCUGAACCAAUAGGAAAAAUAUGCAUUUGUGUUUUUACCGUGUUACCGGGAGCGGCACAAAAGGCCCAUUAUGUUUUGGUUUUCUGCUUUGAUGUCCUCCGUUGGAGGAGAAACUCUAGCAGACUCAUUCUUUGGAGAGCUAGGCCUUCAUUUUGCCAUUAAUGUCUACAAUACUGCUAGUACCAACCAUUCUUUGUGUCUGUGGACUUGCAUGCAUGUACACCGUAUGGGUUAAAUUCAUUCAUCAGAACAAUUCAUCUGUAAUAUGUUUGGUAUUUUUGAGUUUAGAUUGAUCAUUCUUUUUCUGGGUUGCUGGAGACAAGACAAUGAUCACAAUGACAAAUUCAUACAUCUGGCCAUGAGGGGGAGAUAUGUGGUGGAGAAAUAGCUUCCAUACUCUGGCACUCUCCUCAACAUAAAGACCUAAAUGGUAGGUCAGUAGCUGUGUUAUCAGUCCCUACUGGGAUUUCUUUAUCACUGUUUGAGAUGUUAUGCUGUUGGAAACAAUCAUAAAACCCAUCCUACUUCAUCACCUCUGACACAGAUAAAUAAGGACCAGUGAAAUGGUGGGCGUUCAUCUUCACUGCCUCAAAGCUAGGGUGUAGGCCAAGAGUUCAAGAGUGGCCACUGUUAUCAAAGGAUGGAACUGCUUGUCAGUUGUAUGCAUUUCCUCCCCACAGAUUCCCCAAGUCCCAGCUGUUGCUGGAACUUGUAAACUUGCUACAAACUGUCUAAUUUCACAACACAGAUAAUGCUUUAAGGUUGGAAGGAGCCAAUUAUUGAGAAAGCAAAUUCAACGAUUUGUCUUUAGCUCUAAAACUGACCCUACAAGUAGCUCAUAGUUCUUGAAAUCCAUAGGGUGUAUUAGCAAUGGUUUCCUAAUGUAGUAGUUUAAGACGCACUUGACGUUUACUGCAGAAUUGACUUCAGCUCUGCAGUCCUUGACUAAAUGAAUCUGAAGUUUUCAAGAUGUUUAAUACAUUUCAGACUCUUGCUAAGGCUGAAGGGUAUUUAUACCCAGCAGUUUGGUGAUGCGUGUAUUUCUAAAUUGCUUAUCAAACUACUUUUUGUAGACACAGACAAGACCCAGUAUAGAGGUGUUAUGACCUUGCGUCAGCGUUCCAAAGCUCCUAGUAGGAGGCAUGUGGAAUCAGAUGUGGCCUGAACACGGAUUAUCUUUUUUACAUAUGGCAGCAUGAUGUGAACAGUUUAGUGUAGCUACAGUAUGUGCUGAGUAACUGUGUUUGGUACACUGUUCAGUCACUGCUUGGGAGAUGCCCAGUGGGGGCUGCAUGCCCUCUUUUAAAGCCUUAAAUAUUCAGUUUAAGAUCAUGGCUUGCUAUUGACAACCUGUGUUGUGCGAAUACCAGACCUGCAACACACUGGAAGGUACACGUUUAGCUAUGCAUUAUUGUGCGCUGUGUAUGUGCUGUUGUGCACCAGGUCGGAUAGGCUUACAUUGUCGGCAUAGCCAUUAAUUUCCGGCAUAUUUAGAUGUUAAAUUAUGCGAGCAGUGCAUCUUAUGUUUAAAAGAACACAUAGCGGUUAUAUUUUGAAGUAUCAAAAACACGAAAGAAAAAAAUCUAGCUGAAAACUAUGAUUUUGAAGUAUAAAAGCGAGUGAGAAUAAAAAUGAGAUUGAAGAGUCAAAAAAAACAAUGAAAGACCCAUCCCAAACACUUGCAAUCAUGAUUAAGCUCCACUGAGUAAUGAAAGGAGGUGUAUUUUUGCUGUUGCAUGAACAGUAACACUACUGUUGAUUAGAAGCACAUGAGUUUUCUGAGUUGUCCUCGGGUCCCAUCAGCACAUGCUCUGUAAAUUUUCCUUCAAGAGCAUGGAUGAAUAAUCAAACUGAUCAAAGUAAACAGUUGGAUUUAUCUGUACUGUUGCAAGAAGUACAAAGCAUGCACAAAUGGUGAACACCCUAAGGCAGUGAUUGCGAACCUUGGCACUCCAGAUAUUUUUGAACUACAUUUCCCAUCAUGCUCAUGCACUCUGCAGUAUAGUUGCGCAUCAUGGGACAUGUAGUUCCAAAACAUCUGGAGUGCCAAGGUUUGCCAUCACUGCCCGAAGGGCAAGUGUAGAAACCUAUGUGUGCAAUCCAGUCUCAGGCCUCAUUGUCUCGCAUAAACAGAAAAGCAUACACGCAGUGUGUCUUCGUGGGAAGUGUUCUGCCUGCAGUUGGGCCACUCUCCCAGUGUGCCAUAGGUCUGGACAUAAGGCAUGACCACUACAUUACAAUUUUCUGACCCUCAGCUGCAAAGUGUAAGCUGAGCCAGUUCAAUACACAGUAUAAUAGCUGUAUAAUAGCUUGCGUGUGCAGGGUUAUUGUCCGGGGUUAGAACUGUCUGCAAAGCAUUCACAAACUGUCUGGAAGGGCCCCUGUGGGAUGAAGCCCUUUUUUAAAUACAAGUGCUUACAUAACUGAACAGGUGGAAACCAUUCCCAUCCAUAUGCCAUAUUUCUUAUUUUUUUUUUUUUUAACUUGUCUGUUUGCUGUUCUUUCUUAAUUUGUGCAGAUAGACACCAGAUUCUAUAAAGAUUUAGGGUUCACUGAUUCAUAAGUGAAUCCUUGCAUUUUUAAUGAGCUGCUUAAAAUGACCUGAAUUCCCAAUUCCUCUUCUGUAAUAAACAGUUGACUGAAAUCA